AUGAGGGAGGUGGAGCCCAAGGACCAACAGCUCAUGGUAGCCCUUCGGAUCCGCCCACUCAAUGACACAGAACUGGAGGAAGGCGCCACUGUCAUUGCCCACAAAAUGGGGGACCAGAUGGUGGUUCUCAUGGACCCUGAAGAGGACCCUGAGGACACGCUGCGCACACACCGGUCCCGGGAAAAGACCUUCAUCUUUGACACUGUUUUUGACCAGCGUGCGUCACAGGAAGAAGUGUAUUGUGCUACCACCCAACACUUAGUGGAAGGCGUCGUUUCUGGAUAUAAUGCUACGGUGUUUGCCUAUGGCCCCUCAGGUGCAGGGAAGACCUACACCAUGCUGGGCAUGGAUGCAGAGCCUGGCAUCUACCUUCAGACACUCACUGACCUCUUCCGGGCCAUCGAGGAGACCCGGGACAACAUAGACUACAGCGUGUCCAUGUCCUACCUCGAGAUUUAUAACGAAGUGAUCCGGGAUCUCCUGAACCCGUCCUCGGGGUUCCUGGAACUAAGGGAAGAUUCUAAGGGCAGCAUCCAGAUUGCAGGCAUCACGGAAGUCUCUACCUCAAAUGCCCAGGAGAUCAUGCAGCUCCUUACCAAAGGCAAUCGGCAGCGCACACAGGAGCCGACGGCCACCAACAAGACAUCAUCACGCUCGCAUGCUGUGCUGCAGGUCACCGUGCGCCAGCGAAGCCGAGGCACAGAUUUGGCGGAGGAAGUGCAUGUCGGGAGGCUCUUCAUGGUGGACCUGGCAGGCUCAGAGCGGGCAUCCCAGACCCAGAACCGAGGCAAAAGGAUGAAGGAGGGUGCUCACAUCAACCGCUCCCUGCUGGCGCUGGGCAACUGUAUCAAUGCUCUCAGUGAGAAGGGUGGCAGCCGUGCGCAGUAUGUGAACUUCCGGGACAGCAAACUCACUCGCCUGCUGAAGGACGCUCUGGGAGGGAACAGCCGGACAGUGAUGAUCGCCCACAUCAGCCCAGCCAGCACGUACUUCGAGGAGUCGCGGACCACUCUGCUAUAUGCCUACAGGGCCAAGAACAUCAAGACAAGGGUCAAGCGCAACCUGCUGAGCGUGUCCUACCACAUCGCGCAGUACACGGACGUCAUCUCGGACCUGCGCAGGGAGAUCGAGCACCUCAAAUCCAAGAUUGAGAAGCAGGAAAAGGAGAAGAAAAGUAGUCCCGGUGUCCAGAAUACACAAGUUACUAUUCCCCCACACAACGCAGAGGAGGAUAGCCACCUGCAGAUGAACAAGAUCCGGGCACAGCUCAUUGGAGCCUUCAAGGAGCAGCUGGAGAUGCGGCGCAGCCUGGUGGAGCUGGAGAACACUAACAUUGAGCUGCACAUUGACACAUCCCGCCACCUGCUGACCAUUGCAGACUGGGAGCGGGAGAAGACCCACCAGGUACACAGGAUGCCCGAGAAGGAUGAGGAGACGGCAGAGGCUGACGUGGAUGGGGAGGAGGGCGAGUCCACAGAGCCACACGAGGUGGUGCUGGCCAGAGAGGAGGUCAACAUGCUUCUGGCUGAGCAGCGGAAGACCCUGGCCCUCAAGGCUGGGCUGGAGCAGCGCCUGGCCAACGCCAAGAGGAAGGCGUCGCAGAUGGAGAAACUGCUCCCCAAGCAGGCCAUUAAUGAGGACCAGAGGGAGGUGCUCCGGCUGCUGUGCAGGGCCCAUGAACUGGAGGUGGAGAGCACGGAGCUUCAGGCCCACAACCUGCGCAGGAAGAACCUGCUGUGCCAGAAGGACUUCGUGAUUCAGCGCUAUCACCAGCACAGGUUGCUCUGUGAGCAGAUCAUCCAAGACCAGCAGCAGCUGAUCCAGGAUGCUGGCAUCCCACUGCCAGAGGCCCUGGACAAGCGGUACUGCCUGUACUCCCGGGAGCUGGGAGAGGGCACACUGAACCGCCUGCUGCUGCUGCACUCGGUCAUGUCCAGUUCCCUGCGGGAUGGCUCUGUUCUGAACAUCUCUCCUCCUCCUGAGGAGACCAACCGAGACCAGCCUGAUGACAGGAAGGACCUCCCAUGGGGUGCCCAGUUUGAGCUGCCACCCAUUCUCCUGGAGACUGACAGCACUUGA